CUCUGUGAUGUAAAGGAAAGUGGUUUAUUGGCAGAUGCCGGCCGUCUAUAAGAUGGGGGACUCACGUCUCAUCUCCACACCUCAGUGGAGGCAGAGGUUUUUAUAAGGAGUGAGAGGGGAACAGGACAAAGAGAUCAACGGAGGGGGUUGAGCAGUUCUCUGCGUGCAGAUGAGCACACUUCAUUCUGACAAGGCCUGGAGUCCUACUUCAAAUCAAGCUCUGAGCCAAAACUUCUAAAGACAGCCUAGCAGAGAACAAAUACUCUUCCAGCCCACUGAUAUCUCCUUGUAGUCUGCUUAAGUUAAGUAGAUAAAUUCAGCAGGAACACUGUGGCAGUUUGGAGAAGUUGGAUUUCAAAGAUACUUCCCACUGUUCUUAUGGAAAGGCGUGGCAAAGAGAUAAAGAAUGGAAUUCUAGAAGAUUGUUGUCUUCACCCAUAAAGAGCUUUGGGGGAAGGAUCGGUGACAGCCACCAGAGGCAGAGCUGGAAGCCUCCUGACUCACUGGCUGAUACCAUCAUGCAUUCCUGGGUAGCCUUCACAGGCCUCCUACUACUUUGGACAGACGCUGUGGUUUCUCAGGCACGUGUGGAUGGGGUGGCGGGUCAGUCGGUCACGCUGCCCUGCACCUACUCCACAGCUCGUGGGACCAACUCCAUGUGCUGGGGCCGGGGGGCGUGUCCUCUUACUCGGUGCCCGAAUGAGCUCAUCUGGACGGAUGGCCACCGCAUCACCUUUCAGAAGAGCAGGCGUUAUAACCUGAAGGGAAUGAUUUCGCAAGGCAACGUGUCCUUAACCAUCGAGGACGCAGCCCAGUCUGACAGUGGCACGUACUGUUGCCGGGUUGAGUACUCGGGGUGGUUUAAUGAUUUGAAAGUCAACAUAUUAUUGGAUGUAAAGCCAGCUCCACCUAACGCCACCAGUGCUCCGACAUCACCUAGGGUCUCCACCUCCACUCCUACAACUGCAGCUCGCACGCAGAACCACAAGACAGAUCCACCCAAAGUCACCAGUGUUGGAACACCAACUUGGCUCUCUCCCUCUGCUCCUACAACUCCAGCACCAACACCGAAACUUCCCACAGAUGCACCCAAAGUCACCAGUGUUGGAACACCACCUUGGGUCUCUCCCUCUGCUCCUACAACCCCAGCACCAACACCGAAACUUCACACAGCCCUACCUAAGGCCACCAGUGCUCCGACAUCACCUAGGGGCUCCACCUCUGCUCCUACAACUCCAGCACCAACUCCGAAACUUAACACAGCUCCACCUAAGGCCACCAACGUCCCAACAUCACCUAGUGUCUCUACCUCUGCUGCUUUGGCACCAGCCCACACACAGGACAUUCUGAGAGAAACCACGUCAUCUUCGCCAAUGCAGACAACAGGCACCCAGCCUAUCACAACACAGGAAGCAAAUAGGACCAGCUCACCAUCGGACCCUUGCCCAACAGCAGACGGGAACAGCACUGUGAUGCGGCCUUCAGAGGGGGCUUGGCCAGACGGUGGAAACCAUGUGAAUGUGGGGGAAAAGCCAUGGAUGAGCACCAAUAAGGCUCUCUACAUUGGACUUGCCGCUACCGCGCUAAUAUUGCUCAGUGUUUUGGCGGCUGUGAUUACCAAAAGACAUUUAUGUGUGAAAAGAAAGGUGUUGAAUAUAAGCAAGCCUUCACCUAUAGAGCUCCUGACCGGAACUCUGCCGAAUGACACGGCAGUGCACUACCAAGCAGAAGAGAGCGUCCACCUUGAGAACAAUGUUUACAGUGGGAAUUAAGACCCAGAGACCGUCCAAGGCUUUACGCCCUUGACCGCAGAAGACAACGACCAGAUCUCACCAUGUCAGAGUCCUUUAAAGCACCACAGUGACUUUUCUGUCAAUUUCCCACUGUAUUCCAACCUGUCAGUGAUGUCGGUUCGAGUGUUUCUAGCUCAUGUGUGUAGUCGACCUUAGUGGUGAUCGGUCCUAAAUUUUUAUGUGAAACCGGCUCAGUCUUUCUGAUCAUAGCCAAGCUCUCUCCCAGGUAUGAAAUGAACACUUUAGACUUUAUGAAUUCUGUGUCCUGCAAGAAUUCUCACUGGAGAGACAGGGAGAGGACUGCUACCUUGGCCACAUGGGACUUGAAAUCAAAAUCUGACUUGGUACUUAAAUGACUUCACUUGGAAGCAUUCAAUGAUUAUCUCUUGUUUUUUAUCUUGUUAACUCUAAAUGUUGCAUUUCUUCAGUCACCCAAGGGUUUCAAAUCAUGGAGGGGCAUAGGUUUUUAUUUCUUCAAUGGGGAAAUAAAUUGAGUGUGAUUUUGCUUUAGAUCUUUUCUUCAUGGUUCUAAAUAUGUGAAGUUUUAAAAGAAUAUUUCAUCCAUUUUUUUGUUUUUAAGAUUUUAUUUAACUUUAGAGAGAGGGGAA